UCUUUGGAAGUAUCAGGUACUAGCCUUUGCUGAAGAAAGGUUACCACCAAACUAGAUAGAAUUUAUUAGAUACUCAGUGGUCAUCUUUACAAUUUGAUAUGGUUCCCAGGAAGGACAUCUGAUGAUAUUUAAGAGACUUCCAACUAAGGAUUUUCCCAUUAAUAGGUUCUGCACAAAUAGAGAGCAAGAAUGAAGGAGCUAAUUAAAAUGAAGACUUACUUAACUUUUUAAUUUUAAAUGUUUUUCUUGUUUUCCCUCUUGUUCUUUACUUUGUAUCCAUGUUUUAUAAAUAUGAAAAGGUAUUUUUGUUUGGUGGUAUUAAACAAAUGAAACCAAGCCCCUGCCAACCCACAUAACUGUCAAUGUAUCAAUUAUAAAAUAAACAAAUAUGGUAAGAUAAAUAUUAUAAUGUUGUAAAAGCCUUGUGGAAUCCUCACAACAAACACCCCCUUUUAACACCAGGAAGAUGUCAAAACCACCGUUUGAUGGCAUCAGCAAGAAAUAAAGAUGAGGACACAGAAGAGAGAGAAAAUCAGAUGACUUAUGAAAGUCCCAGCCCUAAGCCACAAAGAUGCUCAAAUUAUGGUACCAUUUGCCUUAUGCUUUCCUCUUCUAUGAAACAUAUUUACACCUUCCUGGAAAUCCUAAUUCUGUGAUGUAUUGAGUCCUUCAACUGAAACCAGGGUGUACUGAUGGCUCUCAGUACUUCAUAAGGUGGGUUUGCACUGUUGCUCCAUGGCCUUGGUUCUGGAAAAUGUUUUAGCCAUCUCUCUAAACGUUGCACUUCCUUAAAAACUCAGCCUCCUAUUGUAAAAUUAAUAUAUUUAUGUGUUCUAAUUCAUAAUGAAGCAAUAUGUUAAAGGUUUUGUGAGGAGCAUAGACUCAUAGACUAAGGCCAGAAGGAGCCAUCAUAGAAUUGUAGGAUGGGAAGGGACCUUGAGAGGUGUUCUAGUCCAGUCCCCUGCAUGAUCAUGAUCACCUAGGCUGGCCUCCUGCAUGUUGCAGGCUACAGAAUCUCACCCACCUAUUCUUAUAGUAGGUCUGUAACCUCUUGCUGAUUUACUGGAGUCCCCAGGUCUUGAUUUAGAGACUGCAAGUUGCAGUGAAUCCAUUGUUUAUGCUAGUUCAAACCAGCAAGUGAUCUGUGUCUCAUGCUGCAGAGGAAUGCAAAAAUCCCCCAGGGUCUCUGAUCUGGUCCAUUCUGAUCUUUUUAGGGGGGAAAAUUCUUUGCAGUCCCUAAAUAUGACUAUUAGUUAGACCCUGAGCAUGUAGGCAAGCUGCGCCAGCCAGACACUUAGCAGAGAAUAUAUUAACUCGGAGCUCUCUCCCUAUAGUGUCCUAUCUCUGGCCAUUGGAAAUUUGUUACAUUUCUAUUGCUUCUGUUUUCAAGGUCUAAAUAUUCUUGUAUGAUAUUCUUGUCCUUGUCUGUAUUGGCAAUACCUCCCAACUUUGUGUCAUCCACAAAUGGCAUUCAUGCACACUCCCUUUUUGAGCCAAUGUCAUUAAUGAAAAUGUGAAAUAAGAUUGGUCCCAAGAUGGAUCCUGGAGGAGUUCCACUAGUAACCUUCCUCUAGCCUGACAGUUCACCUUUCAGCAUGAUCCAUCGUAGUUUCCCCUAUCACCAGUUCUUUACCCACCUCUUGAUUCUCGUAUUAAUCCCCAUCUUCUCCAAUUUAACUAAUAAUUUUCCAUGUGGAAUGGUACCAAAUGUCUUACUGAAAUCCAGGUAUAUUACAUCUACUGCAGUUCCUUUGCCUAGAAAAUUGGUUAUCUUCUCAAGGAAGAUCACUUUGGUCUGGCAUGAUCUACCUUUUGUAAUUCCAUGUUGUAUUUUAUCUUUAAUGUCCUUAACUACUUUAUCUUUCAAUAUUUGUUCUAAGACCUUGCAUUCUACUGAGGUCAAACUAACGGGCCUGUAGUUUCCCAGAUCACCUUUUUUCCCCUUUCUAAAGUAUAAGUACGUACUGUUGGAGAUUGAAGACCACUUUGAACAUUUACCUCUGGAGGAUGGAUCGUGAAGAUGCAUCAAAUAAAUGUCCUUGAUGUCAAACUUUGGACUAGGAAAAUGGAGAGCCUAGAUCUGUUGAGGAAUUGUUUGGUGUGCAAGUGGGAACUAAAGAGAAGAGAUCCCAGACUGCUGCCUUGUCUUCAUUCCUUUUGUAAGGACUGUCUUCCAGAUUUGAUUCAAGGAUACAAUUACACUCCCACUGAGCGUGAAGUUAUGUAUGAAGGUAUCCUCUCAUGUCCUGUGUGCAAACAGACGUGCUUCGCAGGGGAUGUAGUUGAAAAUUUCUUUCUCAAGGACUUUCCCACAGCAAAUCCAGCUAUGGCAAGGAGCUGUUUCAUGUGUAAUGAGAAGAGACCUGCUCACAGUCUGUGUACUAACUGCAAUAAGUGGCUGUGCAGCUCAUGUACAGAGGAACACAGACAUGACAAAGAAACUGGAGACCAUUUCCUGUCUGUUCCCCUGAAGGGCUCUUCAGGAACUGAAGGGGGAGCAAAUGAGUUUUCCUUGUUUUGCCCCAUACACUGUCAAGAGAGCCUUAAACUGUUUUGUGAGACCUGUGAUGUCCUUACUUGCCGCAACUGCCUUCUGACCGAACACAAGGAACACAGGUUCAUGCAUCUUGAAGAGGCUUUGCAGAAUCAGAGGGUUAUCCUAGAAAAUGUAACAGCCAAAGUGGAAGAGAGAAAAACUGGGAUGCAGGUCUCAGCUAAACAGCUUGAAGACAGGUUAUUUGAAGUAAAACAUUUGCACAGAAAAGUGGAAAAUCAGAUCAAAAUGGCCAAGAUGGUUUUGAUAAAUGAAAUCAAUAAACGAACAAACGCCCUUCUCGAGCAACUUGAGAAAAUUACCAGCGAGAGGAAACAGAAGUUGGAGCAACAACUUCAAGGCAUCAUGGUUUUAAACCGGCAGUUUGAACAUGUGCAGAACUUUAUCAACUGGGCAGUGUGCAGUAAAAACAGUAUUCCAUUCCUCUUCAGUAAGGAACUGAUUGUGUUUCAGAUACAGCAUUUGCUGGAGACAAACUGUAGCACAGAAGUAGGCCCUCCUUGGAAGAUCAGAUUCACUUGGGACCCUUCUUUCUGGACUAAACAAUUGUCCAAUUUAGGUAGCUUAACAAUGGAAGGUGGACACAUUCCUCAUUCAGAUGUCCCAACCUUUGGAAAUAUACAAGGAUUACAGACAUCAGUGUAUCAUGGACAACAUUCGCCAGCACCACAGCUUGAGGCUAUCAAUAACCAGUCACAUCAGUUUCCCCCUCCUGUUCAGUCUCCUACACCAGUGUGUUGCUCCCAUUGCCUCAACAUUCCUCACAUGAAUAAGAGUCAGCAUCUUCAGCACAAGAUGAGCCAUCAUCAUCAGCAUUUUAGACAUCCUCUUGAAAUGCAACAGCAGCUGCUACCGCAUUUUCUACUGCAAUACAACAUUCAGCAGCAUGAAAAAGAGCAGAGGGGCACACCUCAGCCUUUGAAAAUAAUGCAGCCUUGUCUACAGCAACCAUCCCAUUCAGAGCAGGAUAAUGUGUCUGUGAGGAUGGGAAAACAUUUGCAAGCUCAACAGCCACAGCAGACUCCACAUCCAGUUUACACGGUUCCCCCACAAGAUGUUCAUCAGGUUCAUACCAGUCAUGUGCAACAAUUGAACGCACAGCCUGCUUUGCAGACUCCAGCUGUGCAAGUGCAGCUUGGUCAUCUUCAGAAGCUGAAGCUUAACCACAUGCAGCAGCAACCACAGCCACUGCCUCCCACAUCCAGUCAGAAUGAAAACGCUCAUGAACAAGUCGUACAACAGAGUUUGGACAUAAUGCACCACCAGUUUGAACUGGAAGAAAUGAAAAAGGAUUUGGAGCUUCUCCUUCAGGCUCAAGGGCAACCAAGCUUGCAGCUGAAUCAAGCCAAACAGCCUCAGCCUGUUCAGCAAACCAUUGUUGGACAGAUAAACUACAUAGUGAGGCAACCAGCCCCAGUUCAGCAGCAAAUCCAAGAUGAAGUGCAACAAGUUUGUGAGGAUUCUGCUGAACUAGAAAGUGAAAAGCCAGGGCUUCCUCUUGAUAGAAAUGUUAUUCCACCUCCGUCACAACCAUUAGCUGAAGAAACCACUGUCAGCAGUCCCUCCUCAGAGAGCACCUUGCAACACCCCGCUUUGAAUCCAGUGAGGAAGCAUUCGGCUUCACGGAACAUUGUGGGCUUUUCAAACCCUUUAGAAAUGGAACAGUCUUCUACAAGGUUAUCUAGGUCGGUUGAUCCACAGAUGCAAGGUGUAUCUACUAUACCGCUCAACCAAUCCCAGAACAUGCUUCAUGCCUCUGAUGUUCAGCCAGAAUCUGUGCCUAGCUACAGUUUGGCAUUAGACAGAGCUACAAAUGACCUGAACCCUUGGACUACUGAUAACCUAGCAACAGAUGAUGUGCUCCUGGGAAACACUAAGUGCAAGCUGGAAAAUGAAGAUUUUAGUACCAUGAAUGACCCUCUUGAAUAUGACUCAGCCACUGCUGGACCGAAUACCAUUAAUGAAUUAGCUCUUCCUAUGCAAAAAAUGCUAGAAGAGCCUAUUAAUCUUUCAGUCAAGAAAUCGCAACAGUGUGCCUCUCCUUCUGCACCCAUCAGCAGUACUGCCUGCCUGCAGUUGACCAGUGUAAAACAACUUAGAAAUGAAGAAGAAUCCAUUAAUUAUGAAAAGGAAAAUAUUGAGAUGGAUGUAAAAAGUAAUCAGAACAUCAGAUCUUACACUAAAGAGCUGAAGAUCCCCUAUGUGCGAUUGGAACGCCUGAAAAUAUGUGCAUCAGAAUCUGGGGAGCUUCCAGUGUUCAAACUGCAGCCCCAGAAGGAUGACCAAGAUGAGACUUUCCUUCUGAUAAUUGAAUGUGGUACCCAGUCUUCAAGUAUGGCUAUAAAAGUCAAUCAAGAUAAUCCGCCUGAAGAACCGAUUCCCACAUAUGAAGAUAGGAAGUUCCCCAUCAGCCGCCCAGCAGGACAGGCACCGUCUACUUUUGUAGAUAUCCCUCCUGUUGAUCACAAGCUUAGCAAUGGGAAUGAUAUCCCCAGCAUGAAAAAAUCUCUGCUUGCUCAGGAAGCCAAUCUGAUUGAGAAUGAGGAUUUCUGUGCCGUUUGUCUGAAUGGAGGGGAACUGUUGUGUUGUGAUCACUGCCCCAAAGUGUUCCAUCUCUCAUGCCAUGUUCCAGCUCUGCUCAGCUUCCCAGUGGGAGAAUGGGUGUGUACACUCUGCCGUAACCUGUCAAAGCCCGAGGUGGAGUAUGACUGCGAAAACACACGCUACCGCCGUUGUAACAAAGGGGAGAGAGCACUGCAUGGCCUUGAUGACCUUGACCAGAAGAAAUGUGAAAAGUUGGUGCUUGCCCUGUUCUGCAGUAGCCUGAGCCUUCCAUUCCAUGAGCCUGUCAGUCCACUGGCUCGUCAUUAUUACCAGAUCAUCAAAAAGCCCAUGGACCUGUCAAUCAUGCGGAAAAAACUCCAAAAGAAGGACAAAUCACACUAUUCUGCACCAGAGGAACUGGUAGCCGAUGUGCGUCUCAUGUUCUGGAACUGUGCGAAGUUCAAUUAUCCAGAUUCAGAGGUUGCAGAGGCAGGACGAUGCCUGGAAGUGUUCUUUGAGGGCAAGCUGAAGGACAUUUAUUCAGACAAGCAUUUUCCUUCGAUGCAACAAGACGACUCUGAUUCUGAAGAAGUGGAAAGCGAGAAUAGUCAAAUGGCCCCCAAAGGGUUUCCAUGGCCAUCAUAUGGACAGGAGUGCAUUCAGCCUAAAAGGAGGCGACGCCAUGCUGAAAGUGAAAAAACUAAAAGAACGAUGUUUCAGCCAGCUAACAGCGUGCCUCAGGUGUGACCUGCCAGCGUUCUACUGGAUUUGCUAUGAGGAACCAAACACCUAGCAAAAUAACUGACAGAGUUAAGGUGUGUGGGAGGAAAACAAAGAAAACAUUUGGGUUGUUAACUAAAAACAUUUAUCAUCUGCUGACCACCAGCCUUACUCAAAGACUUGGGAGAUUUGGGCAUUUUUAAUCCAGUACUCUGCCUAUCUAAUUGCUUGUAUGUUUGCAGCAUUUACCCUGAAGUACUAAUGUUAUGGUGACAUAUAAUGAUGAUUAAUAAUAAAAGUAGGAUGUUAAUCAUCUAUAAUACUUCUGUACAAUCUCAUAAUCUAUUUAAUACAAUCCUUCAUUUUAUAGAGCACAGCUAACCAUGUAAUCUUGCAUCUGCAAUGCAAAUGUUGACCAUGAUGUAUGUUAAAUAUGGAGGCUAGUCACCAAAGACCAAAUCUGCAGUCUUAUUCAGCAAUUUCUCUGGGAACUCUGACUGAGUUAGGCUUGUAGGAUGUAAUUAUCUGGUUAGUGGUUUCGUUUGAAGCGGCACAUUCUCAUGAAAUCAUAAAACAGCAUGUGCUAAUAUUCAGGGCUGUGUGUGAACUAUUUCUGAGCGCACAAUGGAUGCUCAAUUUGCAAAGAGUCACUGCACAUGUAUCUAACUCAAUGCUUUUAUUGCAUCAGGGAUUCCUUGAGUAUCAAAGGCAGUAAAACCAAAUCCUGUUGUGUCCUCUGAAAUGUGCAGUGGAGUUUGCCAUGUUAAUGACAAAGCAAUUAUAUGGUUAUAGAAGUGCCUAUAAAAUAAAGUGGUAUCUCGUUGAUUUUCUGUUUGGUUACUUCUGGUUAACAACAAUGCCUUAAAAUGGUAUUAGCCAGUGUACACACAGAGCUUACAGGAGAAAUGAAAUUAUCACUAAUUCUUCAUUUUCUCAGAGUGCCCAAACAGUUGGCAGAACAAUUCCUAGGGCCAGAUUGUAGCCUUGCAAUUUCCCUGAGCAAGGUGCAGCAUGUAAUUGUGCUGGGCCGGUUCUGAAUGGUGACCCGGAGUCCAAAGGUCACAGGUUGCCUCCCUAGAGGAGAACUAAGCUGAACCAGACCUUAUGCUGGCCAGCACAUUGGGUGUGAGGGUGUGUGUCUUCCUCCUCCUUGCACUCCUGCCCACCUGUGGAAGUUAGGGCCACUAUCUGGCCCUAGGAGAGGAGAGGUGUUGCAAAUCCCACACCCAGUUGAUUUCAUUGAGCUAUAAUCCGUUUCCU